AUGGCCGCCGCCGUGGUGGACUCGGGAAAGAGGCUGAGGGUGUUCUUCCUGCCCUCCUUCGCGCUGGGGCACCUCAUCCCGAUGGCCGACCUCGCCUGCCGCAUGGCCGCGGCGAGGCCCGCGGAGGUGGAGGCCACCGUGGUCGUGACGCCGGCCAACGCGGCGCGCAUCGCGCCCACGGUGACGCGAACCGCGGCCGCCGGGCACGCCGUGCACGUGCUUUGCUACCCCUUCCCGGACGUCGGCCUGGAGGAGGGGAUCGAGUGCCUCGGCGACGCCGCCGCGCAUGACGCGUGGCGGGUGUACCGCGCCGUGGAGCAGUCGCAGACGAUCCAUGAGCCGCUACUCCGGCACCACCGCCCUGACGCCAUCGUCUCCGACGUGCCGUUCUGGUGGACAACCGAGAUCGCCGCCGAGCUCGGGGUGCCGCGCUUCACGUUCCACCCCGUCGGCGUCUUCCCGCAGCUCGCCAUGAACAACCUUUUCACCAUACGCCCCGACAUCGUCCGGGGAGGAUCCGCCUCCAGGCCGGUGUCCGUGCCGGGCUUUCCCGGGAAGGAGAUCACGAUCCCGGUGUCCGAGCUCCCGACCUUCUUGGUCCAGGACGACCACCUCUCCAUGUCAUGGGACCGGAUGAAGGCGUCCCAGCUCGCCUGCUUCGGUGUCAUCGUGAACACCUUCAUCGACCUAGAGCAGCCCUACUGCGACGAGUUCAGCCGCGUCGACGCGCGCCGAUCCUACUUCGUCGGGCCUGUGGCCCAACCGUCGCGCUCCGCCGUGCACCGCGGUGGUGACGGCAACGCAGACUGCCUGAGAUGGCUGUCCACAAAACCGAGCCGGUCGGUAGUCUACGUCUGCUUUGGGAGCUGGGCCCACUUCUCAGUGACCCAGAUCAAGGAGCUGGCCCUGGGUCUGGAGGCGUCGAACCAGCCAUUCCUGUGGGUGAUCCGCUCGGACGACUCCAACAGCCUGUGGGCACCGGCGGGGUGGGAGCAACGCGUCGCCGGCCGCGGCAUGGUCGUCCGCGGGUGGGCCCCACAGCUGGCGGUGCUGGCCCACCAGUCGGUGGGUGCGUUCGUGACACACUGCGGUUGGAACUCGAUCCUCGAAGCCGCGUCCGCCGGCGUCCCGGUCCUAACGUGGCCACUAGUGUUCGAGCAGUUCAUCAACGAGCGGCUGGUCACCGAGGUGGCGGCGUUCGGCGCGCGCGUGUGGGACGGUGGCAAGCGCAGCGAGAGGGAUGGGGAGGCCGAGACCGUGCCGGCGGAAGCGAUCGCGCGGGCGGUGGCCGGGUUCAUGGAGGCCGGAGGGCAGUGGGAGAAGACGGCGGCCAGGGCAAGGGAGCUGGCAGAGCGGGCGUGCGCGGCGGUCAACGAGAACGGCUCGUCGUGGCGUGACAUCCACCGUCUGGUCGAUGAUCUCGUGCAGGCAAGGGCCUCAGGGCCAGAGACGCCACAAGGGAACCCCGUUAACGUUUAG